AUGGAUUUGGCAGUGCCAUGUGCAGAAAUCGAGAACUUUGCCAGUGUUGUAGCCAAUUAUGCUACCAAACCCGUUCAAGCUAUCAUAUUUAUAUCCUGUAGAUCUUUGACUCCAACCCAUGUCGUAACUUACCAACAGCCUAAUUGCUCCAAAGCCGUGUGCAGCGGACCAAUAAGGUACUACGAGGACUUAAAGUGCAAACCAGUUUAUCGAGCCGAAGGUGACAAAUGCUGUCCUCUGCGAUACGAUUGCUCCCAUCUCGAUCAAGUGACGGACAAGUGCGUGGCAAAUGGUCAUAUUUACGAUAUAGGGCAGAAGCUGAAGGAAAACGAUCGUACCGAUCCUUGUUACUUCGAUUGUGUUUGCAAGAAGGAAGGUUAUAGGACAAAGUUUGAAUGCGCUGAGCCGGAUUGUACGUUGAUGAAAUCGAUGAAAAGGGGAUGCUACAUUAAAAAAAAGAUGAACACGUGCUGUGAGAUGAAAAGAGUUUGUCCACAUACGGUCUUAAAGUUUCUGAAUGUUAAAUGCCACUUUGAAGGAAACAAAUACUAUGAGGGUGACACAUUUACUCCUGCCAACCAACCUGGAGUCUCUUGUCAGUGCGAGAGAGGAUUCAAAGGAAAAAUCGUCGCUCCGUACUGUAGAAAUAAAACAUGUGGAAACGAAUUCCAAUACAUGCAUGAAAUUCGUCACAAUUGUGCUCCUGUCUUUCCUGAUUAUAAUGAUCUAUUGAGCUCUUGCAAUUUUAAAUAUAAGUGUCCUGUGGGUAACGAGAAGGUUGUGAGAGAGGGCACAGAAAAUAACGGAGAUAACGUCUGCACUUUCGGUGCAUUGAAACUUUCGAUUGGAGACAAACUUCAGCAGAAUCAAGGUUCUCGUGACUGCCUUGACUGUAAAUGUAAUUUACCUCCAGCACUUACUUGUAUUGAAAAUUACAUAUGUAUUCGAGAAAAAACAUUGCAUGACGAUUAAGAAGUUAAGAGGAUUAAGAAGAUUAGGAGAACGAAAUGAAACUUUAUUUUUUCAACAUAAGAAAAAAAAUACCUCUGAUAAGUGCGUACGGAUGCAUCCACACAGUAUCGAUUAUCCUUAAAAAUAAAU